AUGAGUGGUAUGCCAAAAAGUAGUAAAAUGUUACAAUAUAUCAAUUAUAGAAUGAAAGUUACAAUUCAAGAUGGUAGAGUUAUAGUUGGUAGAUUUUUAGCAUUUGAUAAACAUAUGAAUGUUGUUAUUUGUGAUGCAGAAGAAUUUAGAAGAAUCAAACAAAAAGGUAAAGAAGAUAGAGAAGAAAAAAGAACAUUAGGUAUGCUUUUAAUUAGAGGUGAAACAGUAGUUUCAAUGUCAGUUGAAGCACCACCACCAGAAGAAGCCAAAUUAGCAGCAACAUCAAAAAUGCCACCACAAAUUCCAGGUGGUCCAGGUAUUGGUAGAGCAGCUGGUCGUGGUAUUGGUUUAGGUGUUGGUGGUUCAAGCGCUGGUUUAACUGGUCCAGUACGUGGUGUCGGUGGUCCAGCUCCACAAUCAAUGAUGCCUUCAAAUCAACCACCAAUGAUGCCACCAAUGGGUGGUAAUAAUCCACCACCACCAAUGGGCGGUAGAGGUUAUCAUGCUGGCCCACCACCACCAAUGGGUGGCAGAGGUUAUCAUCCUGGCCCACCAAUGGGUAGAGGUUUUGCUCCUGGUAUGCCUCCAUUACCACCACAAGGUUUUAAUCCAAAUAUGCCACAAGGUUUUAACCCAAAUAUGCCACCACAAGGUUUCCCACCUGGCCCACCACCACCAAUGGGCAGAGGUUUUAAUCCAAAUAUGCCACCACAAGGUUUCCCACCUGGUGGACCAAUGCAACCAAGAAAAUAA